AUGUCUGUCGAGGCAUCGGCGGUGGAGUACCAACGCGAGCUCUGGCGCAGCCACUAUUACGAGUGCUACAACCUUGAGGGCGGCGCCGAGGACGAGGACAAGGACGAGGACGCGAUCGACUUCAGCAGGGGGACGCAGAGCGAAGAAAAAUGGAAAUUCGAGAAGGCCGGGCAAGUCAAGAAAGCUCAGUACAAGAAGGAGCAUUUUCUGAAGAAGAAUGAUGUAAACAUGUCUCCUGAAGAACUUGUGACUAUGCAGACUGAGAUCAAAGCUCUCGGUGAUGAAUUUGACGCUUAUCGAGAAGAUUGGCUAGGUGCCAAGGCUGAAGCAUCUGCUCAGCCUACUAAAGAGAAUGCUAGCACAACUGAUGAAAAUCAUACUGUUGAAGAAACUAAAAAUACCAGGGUUGCUGAAGAAAUUCCAGCUCCUGAAGAAACUGCCAGGGAAACCUCCAAUGUUGUGCCUGAAGAACAACUCAGUACAGUUGAAGCAUCUGCUGCUGCGCCUGAGGAAACUGGACAAGACAGGGCAACUGCAUCAGUUGUGCCUGAAGAAACUCAACCCAAUUCAUCUGCUCCUCCUGCAAAGUCAUCACAGAUGAAGAAAGUCACUAUUCCUUCUGCAUCAGAAGCUAAGAAAACUAAAGCGACGGGAGAAGGUAGUUGUGAACAAAAGAAAAGCAUCAGCGACUUUAGAGUCUUCAGCCCCUAA